CUCAAAGAAUCCAACCAAUCCAAAUUUUUCUUCUCCUGUUCGAAAAAAAAGUUUAUUGAUAAUCUGCAGGAACAAUUUCGCCAUUCUCUUGGUACCUGACUAAACAUAAGAAUUCGUGUCGUGUCGAGUUCUGUGAAACUAAACAUUUCUCUUUCUGUUUACAAAUCCAACUCUCUUCGAGAAAGCACCCUAUCUCUCCGGACUAAGAAAGGCGGAACUAUCUUACGCAAAGUGGAAGGAUUGCGUGAUUCGACAACAUAACGAAGAAUCCUGGAAGGAUAUAUUAUUAUCAAUAUCAACCCUCUCUUUCUCUCGCCACCUUUCUUCCAUCUCGGAAUACACAUCUACGACACUUUUUAGAUCAUCAAGAUGCAGCCCUCGGAACAUGGACAACACGGCUUUGGCACUCUCGCCGUGCACGCCGGAUCGCCGCACGACCCUGUCACUGGUGCUGUGAUUGAAUCUACUGACGAAAGUGAUCAGAUCUCUCUUUCAACAACAUAUGCUCAGACUGCUGUCGGUCAACCCGUUGGCGCAUACGAGUACACUCGUAGCUCAAACCCCAAUCGUGACAACUUUGAGAACUGCAUCGCAGCACUGGAAAAGGCAAAGUACGCUCUGGCCUUCAGCUCCGGAUCCGCAACCACAGCCAUCAUUCUCCAAUCUCUGGCCACUGGCUCUCACGUCGUCAGUGUAUCUGAUGUGUACGGCGGAACCCACCGUUACUUUACCAAGGUAGCAAAGGCCCACGGUGUCCACGUCACAUUCACCCCCAGCAUCGAAUUAGACGUCGAAGCACUCAUCAAGCCCGAGACCAAAUUGGUCUGGAUCGAGACACCCUCAAACCCCACUCUGUCUCUUGUCGACAUUUCCGCCGUUGCAGAAAUUGCCCACAAGCACGGCAUCCUAGUCGUUGUCGACAACACCUUCAUGAGCCCUUAUAUCCAAAACCCCCUCUCUCACGGCGCAGACAUUGUAGUCCACAGCGUGACAAAGUACAUCAACGGUCACAGUGACGUCCUCAUGGGUGUCGCAGCCUUCAACAGCGACGACCUCAAAGAACGCCUCGGCUUCCUUCAAAACGCCAUCGGUGCCGUUCCUGGAGCUUUCGACUGCUGGCUCGCUCACCGUGGUGUAAAGACGCUGCAUCUGCGCGCUCGUGAAGCCUCCAAGAAUGGCAAAAUGGUUGCCGAAGCUCUCGCCGCUUCCCCUCUCGUCCGUGCCGUAAACUAUCCAGGCUUGGACUCGCAUCCUCAGCGUAAGAUUGCGCUCAAGCAGCACAGAGAUGGUCUUGGCGGCGGUAUGCUGUCUUUCCGUAUUGCCGGAGGCAAAGCAGCUGCUGAGCGCUUCUGCGCUGCUACCAAGAUCUUCACCCUUGCGGAAUCGCUUGGUGGUGUGGAGAGUUUGGUGGAACUUCCUGCUAGCAUGACACAUAUGGGUAUUCCCAAGGAGCAGAGAGAGGCUGCUGGUGUGUUUGACGAUUUGGUCAGAAUCAGCUGUGGUGUCGAGGAGGGUGAGGAUUUGGUCAAGGAUGUCAUGGCUGCUUUGAAGAAGGUCGCUGGAGAGAGCAAUGGUACCGCUACCAACGGUAAUGGCACCGCAUAG